UGGAAUAUGUGAUGGAGAGUGCAUUGAGAAGCGUUCUUCCCGGGGGGUAAAACACAAACGCGCACCCCUCCACCCGCUAUUCCCGUUUGGACCAUGGGGGUCGGCUUCUACAAUAGUCCGCCGCCUUGCUUAUGCGCUUUUCCAUUCAUUUUCUACUGUAGCGGGAUGAUGCUAGGACUCAAAGCUCCUUAACAUGUCUUUGUGUAGCUAGUUUACAAUCGCUAACAUCCUCGACAAGCGAGCUUCAUCUAAAUUCGUCAGCCAAGAGCGGUCAAGAGCAGAGAGCGAAAAACAAAACAAAAAACAAAACUACGCAAAUAGAUACAGAGAGUGGUGACGAGCCGACGAUGAGCGAUUGGGUGCGUGAAGCGGGAAGACUCGAGAGGAAAUUUAGAGACCGCCUGAAGAAGACGAUUAUGGAUGAUUUAUAACACCCACCACACACCUCCCAAAAUCCCAAAAGAGAACAUCUGGUACAAUUGGAAGAAAAAUCUUGGUUCCUAUCAGAUUGGAUUCCACACGGAUCGUCAGAAAUGGAAUGAACAAUUUCAUCUUUCCUUGAAAUCCCUGUGUACUGCCUCAGAAGUCCAGGUUGGAGAAAAACGUGUUUUUGCAUUGGAUCAAAAAAUUCCCAAUUACUUGGUUUGGGGAGUGAGUUCAGCAGUCUUCCAUGGGUGUCCAAUUCAUGAAAUGGAGCUACCACUGAGCAUGAACAGCACCACUGCAGUGCAGCAUCAACAGUCAUCCUUGCAAAUGUGACCCUGCCAGCCACACAUUCACACAAUUAAAUCAAUGCAACGGGCAGACGUUGCACUAACCCCAGCGCAUACACAUUAGCUCUAAGGCACAAAGUCGCACAUACCCCACAUGUCUGCAGUCUGUGGCUAGCAGGACAGAUGCUGUCCCCACCCUCCCUCCUAUGGUCCCCUCAGACCCAGCUGGUGAGAAGAUGAGAUUCAAGAUUGAUUGGUUCAGUCAUCUAUUUUUUCCAACGCACCCUCUCCGCAUCAGUAACCCCGGUCUGGCCUGUCAUCUCGCAGCCAAGUCCUUCAUUGAAACAUCAUCAUGGGUUAUUUCUUUUGUAAAUAAACCACAAAAAUCCUUGAAGUGAGUCUUACAGAUUUUUUUUUCUGGACUUGACUGCAAUCAGAACUCUGCAAUUGCAUUACUGACAUCUGAAUGGUGUUCACUGGAGGUUUUAUCCUUACCCCAAGAACGUUUGAGUCUUAAAACCCAGAGCAGGAGCGCCUCUAGUCCUUAAUUCUCCAAGCAGAGAAGCUUGUGUGAAGCAAUGAAAGGAAAGAGCGAUUUGAGGAAAGCAGUCAGUAAGUACAAUGGAAGCAAGUAGGGCAGCAGUACAAAAAGUGAAAGAGCAAGACGACAACAAGGUGAUUUUUGUCUAGAAUGACUCGAGAUGUGACAGAUUACCCUUCAGGCUGGACCUCCUCCCUUUUACUGCCCCUCCUCCUGCAUUCAUCUCUCCCUCUCUCCGCUGCGCUCAACGAGAUUGCAAGCUAUCUUGGGCUCUGACUACAGUGCAACGAAAGACACGGGGAAAGAGAAAGCAGACUGCUUGAGCCCUGGUAGAGAGGAGUGGAACGACGACCUGCUGCAUCUGCGCUCUCUCGUUGCUGGAUUGACAUUUAAAGCAAGAAAAAAAAGGAAAGAAAUGAGAGCAAUGGACAUAAAGAAACGAGAGGACCUGCAGGGACAUCGGGGUAAAGAAAAGGAUACAAAAGCUGAUGUAGAGCUCGUGUCAGUGGAAAAGGAAAGGAAUACGUCAGACUGGAGCUGGAUGUAAUUCAACGGCAACUUUGGUGUGUGAGGCGAGCACAUUUGUGGAGGGGGAAAAAAAAGCUGAGAGAGAGUAAGUGUAGGAAAAUCGCCAAGUGCCGAGCUUGUGUGGGACAAAUAUACUUUGACACUGUCCUGUGUAUAUUUACUUAAUUCAUAUCUGUGUGCGACCUCAUAGUCCACAGCGCUAACCGGGAGGUUGCCCCAAUCAGGCUCACCAGAGCUUGGUGGCUGGUACACGCAGGAAGCAGAGGAAAAGCAUAGGAGGGAUACAGUGGCAGGCCCAGGGGCGGGGGCAUGGCCAUGGGGGGGCCGCAUCCCUUCCUCCGCCCUCCACCGGGACAGGCGCUGGGGCUUUUGGGGUGGGGGGCCUUUCAGGGGUGCACCAAGACUCUCAGAGCUCAGGCCUUGGCUAAGCAGACCAGCCCCUGGGAUGGGGGACUCAGGUAGUGUGGAAGGUAGCGGAGCUGAGAAAGCAAGACGGGCAAGAUGUUCUCGGAGAGUCUGGGUUAUACUUGGCUCGCUGGUUCUUUUCUUUCUCACCUCGCUCUUCUUCUCCGUCUCAUUACGGGGUGGAAUCAGCUUUAAUUACCUGGAACCACCCGGCUGGGAGGAUUCUCGGCGAGUGAAGUUGGUGCCCAACUACGUGGGCUCACACAGACAGCCCCCCUCUGAUGCUCAGCAACAGCAAACAUGUGCCUGCUCUCGUUGUGUGGGAGAUCCCGGUGUCUCGGACUGGUUUGAUGAGAACUACGACCCAGAUAUCUCACCUGUUUGGACCAGAGACAAUAUCCAGCUCCCCUCUGAUGUCUACUACUGGUGGGUGAUGUUGCAGCCCCAGUUUAAACCCCACAGCAUCCAGCAGGUGCUGCAUAGGUUGUUCCAGGUGAUUCCUGGACGAUCUCCGUACAGCUUAUGGGAUGCGGCGCGAUGCCUACGGUGCGCCGUCGUGGGGAAUUCUGGAAACCUGCGCGGGGCCGGAUACGGGGCGACCAUAGAUGGACACAACUACGUCAUGAGGAUAAACUUGGCCCCCACGGUGGGCUACGAGGAAGACGCCGGCAGCCACACCACUCACCACUUCAUGUAUCCGGAGAGCGCCAAGAACCUGGCGGCCAACGUCAGCUUUGUCCUCGUUCCUUUUAAAACGCUGGAUCUCGUUUGGAUCACCAGCGCGCUGUCGACCGGCCAGAUCCGAUUCACCUACGCUCCAGUGAAACAGUUUCUCCGUGUGGAUAAAGACAAGGUCCAAAUCUUCAACCCAGCGUUCUUCAAAUACAUCCACGACCACUGGACGAGGCAUCACGGUCGCUACCCGUCCACAGGCAUGCUAGUGCUCUUCUUUGCCCUCCACGUCUGCGAUGAGGUAAACGUGUUUGGGUUUGGGGCAGAUGGCCGUGGAAACUGGCACCACUACUGGGAGCAGAAUCGCUACGCUGGAGAGUUUCGAAAGACAGGGGUCCAUGAUGCAGAUUUUGAAGCUCAGAUCAUUCAAAGACUUUCUGAGGCUGGAAAGAUCACCGUUUACCCAGGGAAAUAAAUCAACUCGGGGAAAACGGGUUCAGCCAGAGUUAAACAGUUACAACUUUGGGUUUUUCAUCCAAAGGCCUAGUCCUCCUAAAAGGGACCCAAAAAGGUCAGUGAUGCGUCCCAUCAUAUCACAUUCAAGCCCACUAGCUAGUAACUCAAUGUUUGGAUGUGGACCGGCACUCAAGACGUGGCAACAUAUCGAUCUGGGUUCUGGGUGAGGUUCUGCUCACACGGAGACAGGGAGGGAAGAGCCUCAGCGUUUCACCUCUUAUGCUACGACCUGAGACUGGAAGACCCGAGGAGGGUUUCAUAUUUACAAACUUCAACUCAGGAGUGGAAAAAUAAAGACAUCAAACUAACAGCGACGAUGAGCGCUACCAAGCUUUGCGGUUCCGAGAACUCAAGCGGGAAUCGUCACAUUCGUUCACGUAUUCUAUAAAUCUACUCUGCCACCAUUUAUAUAGAUGCACAUUGGCUGGAGCAGGAAGCGGCACCAUCAGCCAUCAGCAGUCUACAGGACUAGAGUUCACCCUGCCAGUGUUUCCAAUAGCAACAAAUGACAGAGCUGUGGAUGUUGACCGACAUAAAGCAACACUGUAGGCGUGUAGACAGACAGACAGAGAGAAAUGACUCACCGCACAUUAUGUGGCAGCAAGUGAAGCAGACAGCGAGAUUUUCCAUUUCUCACAAAGUCAUAAGCUAUUCGACAUUUCUCCUUUUGGUAGAGAAACAGUUCUUGAAUCUUUUACAGGGAUGACUACUGCGUCGCAUGAAACUUGUUGGAAAAAGAGAAGAACAAAAAAGAGACUGAGUUACACGAGGUGAUUACUGGGAGUAGAGGGAAUGAUUCUCCUGGAAUCCCCACACAGCCAAAGUUCCAGACGGACGAUGUUCUGACUGCGUCCUUGGAAGGCUGCACGCUGGACUCAAAUCAGACUUUUACUAAUCCCCAUGUGCUGUGUUACGGUCUAAUUUAAGAGCCAGCGCACGACAAUGGCACUCAUCAUUUGGUGCGGAUUUGUGUGGUUUGCGUUGUUUUGCAAGUUCCACUCUGAUGGAAGGCUCUCAGCGAGCUCUACUGCAUUUGAUGUUUGACGGGACUUCAAACACUCCAAAGUGACUUUUGUAACCCAGCGGAUUUUGCUCAUUCCUGUGCCCGUGUGAUGGGUUGGAAGAGCCCGUGGAAACCACAUGGAUGUGGACUCAUUGGACAUGAUGGCCCCAUCUACUGCUAAUCCUGGUAGCUGCCAAUUAAACUUCAGCGCUCUCUUGAAAGGGUAGAGAGCCACCACGCGCCUUAGAAAUCACCAUUUUACCUGCACUUCUGUUCUGUUUUUCAUCACCACGUCAUAGUCACUGCUGCACAAUGUUUUAUUUUUAGAGCUUCAUUUUAAUUGUGUGUUUCUCACAAAGGAUGUUUUACUUCACCCUUGGUGGUCCCUAAAAUAUUUUUUAUUUUGAGGAAAGAAAUGUCCUGCAACUGGCUGGCGACCAGUUCCCCCGGAAUAGUCAGCUGGGAUGGGCUGCAGUAGGCCCGCCACCUUAGUGACUAUGAGCGGUACGGAAAAUGGGUGGGGUGGAAAGAAAUAACACAUUAAGGGUACUUUGAGGGGAAUUAUUUCAUUUUUGUUGAGGAGAUCCAUAAAAAGGAUCAAGAGAACUCUUAGAAUGUCUGUUAAAAAUAUUUCCCUGCCAACCGAAGCUCCAUGCCCCUCGAGUUCAAAUGAUUAUGCGUGUUUUGUUUUAGAUUUUGUUUGUAGUUGGAAUACAAAUAUAAUUCUUGUAUAAAUCGCAUAUCACAGCAGCCACUUCACAACUUCAUGUAAUGCAAUACAGAAGCUACAUUCAAAUUCUGACUAUAUAAAAGACAAAAUAUUGCCAAUGUGAAACACAGUAUGAUGCAGUGCAGCGCUACUAACUACUAAUAUGAACAUAUUGUUGAAUGAAUCAAGGUUAUUACAUUGGAUCUCAGAUCAUAUACCUAAUGUCGUGGUUGGUGAGUGUAAAUAUUUAACUCAUUACGGACACACCUGACUUUUGUACGGGGAGCGUCGGAGCGAUUCCUGCUCAGCGAUGCUGUUGCUACGGAAACCAGCUCAGGGUGUAGUCCGCCAUUCGCCCGAAGUUGGCUGGGAUAGGCUCCGGCACUCCUGUGGCCCUUGUGAGGAUCAGCGACUUGGAAGACGGCUGGAUGGAAAAUGCUCAUAUUCUUUUUCACAUAAAAACAGUAAUAAUUCCAAAAAUGAAGAGAAUAUAUAUAUAUAUAUAAUGUUACCUUGCUUGAAACGCCUUCAGUAACAAAGUAGCACAUCUUAAGGCCUAAAAAAAUGUAGAAAAUGCAUCUCAAAAUUUACAGCUAAUAACUACCAGAUUAUCCAUGCAGUAGUGGCAAAAAUUCCACUUUCCACUUCGUUUAUCUUUUAGACCAGUUUGGGACAAAGUAGGGGCUGCGAGCUCUAGACGGCCCACCCAGUAUUUGUGUAUUUUAUAUUAUUAACCAAUUUAGAGGGUAAUAGAAAUAUAUGUCUCCAUUUGUUAUUUUAUUCUGAUUCUUCUCAUUAGCUAAUUGGUUAUCUGACUUAUUGUAAAUAAUAUUUAAAAGAUGGUACUUAUUGAUAUUCAAUCUUUAAUAGGUGUUUAAUCAAUUGCGGUUGAAUAAUUAUAAAUACUGUAAUGCCCCUUCUUCUUCUUUACCUUUUAGCUUUUCCCAUUAGGGGUCACUCAAAAUGACAAUUAUUUUGAAUGUUUAAAAAGCUUUAUUGUCCACAGUAUUUUGUUUCCUUUUUCUUUUUAUUUCUUGUUUUUCCUUAUUAUUAUUUUUUUCACAUCAUCUACCGACGGCCAGGCCUAUCUGACCCUCUUCGUGCCCUUGAGUAGAGAAGACUGCCCGCCCACCGUUUAAAGCUAUUGUUGAAAUUUUGCUGCCGAAAGAAGUCGUUGUUGUCUUAGUGAUGAGAGCUGGGGAGCUCUACCGCCCCCAAUCGGUCAUCAGAUGAACUAUUCUGUGUUAAAUAUCAGCUGUAUGCAGAAUAUGCUUUGUCUUAUCAUUCGGUGCGUUGUGUCUUGCAUCAAUUCCAAUCAUGUGUUUUUGCACAUGGCAGCUUUUAAAAUGAUUAUUAUGUGGUUUUGAGGGACAAGCGCAGUUGCAUAAGUAGAUAGCUGUGCCUCGCGCUGCCCCAGCAGCCAUCUGUCAGCUUUGCAUCUUGAAGCUUUCCACUCUUGCUGGCUGUGAGCUGUGCCUUCUGAGUUGCAUACACUACACUACUUACAGCAAGUCACCUAUGGCAACUCCCUUUUUUUAUUUUCUUUUUUGAAAGCUUGCCACAGGAUGAAAAGGUUUUCAGCUAGGGAUGUGUGUAAUUCAUUGCUACGUUAAUGUGGCAAGAACAACACUUGUUUUGCAUAUCAUAGAUUUGUCCACUAGUGACUCAAUAAACAAUAUGACAUAUUCAA